AUGUUAUGCGGUAAAUUCAAAAACGAGUAUUUCAGUCUACUCAUGUUGGCUGCUCUUAAUGGACAUGAUGAGGUAGUACGCAUCAUGCUUACUCAUACUUUGGCCAACAAAAAACAAAUUGAGCAAGAAGGAUGUGCAUUUGACAUAAACAAUCACCUAACGAGAAAUGUCACUGCAUUGUGGUGUGCACUUGAUCGAGGACAUUUUCAUGCGGCACGAACCUUGAUUGAUCUUGGUGGUGCCGACGUCAAUCAUGGUCUACGAGGUCCAUUGUUGAUUGAUGCUACUAUAAGAAGGCGGUUCGAUAUUGUACACUAUUUAGUCGAGAAUGGUUAUGCUGAUGUUAAUCGAGCAGUGACCAAUGAUAUGUACCAAAUUCUUGAGCAAUCAACAAUGAGUGAUCGAGAUCGUCACUUAAUCAUUCAAUGGAUCAAAGACUUGUGUCGAGAAAAACGUCGAACAGAAAACGGACGAACAUUGUUGCAUUUGAGCGUUGAUGUUGAAACAUACGGAGAUAUUAAUUAUCGACCGGCAGAUAUCAUGCAUACUCUCAUUUUUCCCAAUUUGGCUACUACUCGACUGCUUGUUUGCUUUGGAAAGCGAUGGAUCGAUUUAGAUGCUGUAGAUCUAGUGAACAAUGACACUGCUCUACAUAAGAUUUUGCAGAGUUGGGCACCUGGUAAUAAUAAAGACACAAAGGCAAUUGUUGAACUGUUGAUCAAUGCAGGAGCUCAUAUCGAUUGUGCUAAUGCUCGUGGUCAUAGACCUGUCGAUGUAGCCACCGUCGAUGAAAUUCGCGCUCUAUUACAAUCGAAACAGAGAUUACCUCGACUCAAAUGUCUUUGCGCGCGUGUCAUCACUGAUCAACAAAUAGUGUAUGAUAAUCUCUGGCCAACACCAACAACAAAGAAUACAUUUCUACGUUUGCAUGGUGGUCUAAAAAGAAAACGCUCCAUGUCAGAUUACAGCAUCACUUCAUUCGAUGUAUAUGAUGACAUUUUUUAA